AAAUAAAAUAAAAUAAAAAAAAGAUUUCGUGUUCUUUUUAGUGCGCGCUACUGCCUAGCCGGGCCAUGCCGUUAGUUUCAUGGCUAAAAGCGGGCUAGAGUAAAAAGGAGAUAAGCUGGCCGGCCACCGUUGGCUCUCACGACCGAUUUCCCUCCCCCCCCUCUCUACCCGAUGAUCAAAGGUCACAAAGUGACACUUGUCGUCAACCACCACUCACCGCAGUUGUUCCGUCGGCCAGUCAGGAUAAAAACAAAACAAAAACCGAAACAAAACCAAACACAACGUCACAAUCACAAGUGAAUAACAAUGAAACGAAUUGCACUGCGUGAUCCUUCAUGGCCAUUUCUCGUCUAAUUUUACUGGAAGAGCAACAUUGGCCAGUCGUUGAUUGGCUCGACGAAACUGCCUUGCCUCGUUUCCCGUUUUUGUCUGCGUUUCUUCUUGUGACACCGGAACAAGGUUGCGCAAACCGUGCGCCGCGUUGUUGUGCACACGGCCGUCGUAAACCGGUCGCGGUGUCUCGUUGUCGCCUAUCAUCCCAGUUGUCGAUUGACGGAAGGACAAAACUAAAACUGCUUCGUUGCUUCGUCUUUCUCUUUUAGCGUUUGGACUCGAUAUAUGUGGGCUGGUUCGACGGCAAACGAGGCUGGGCAGCUGGGCGGCGUACGCGCCUCGAGCCAUGCUGGUUUCGGCCUCGGCGAGACGGCGGCCGCCACCAGCUAUCCGGCAACAGCAGCGGCGGCAGCAGCGGCAGCAGCAGCAACAACAACAACAAAUCCGCCGCGGCCUCCAUCACUUCCGCCACCACCUCCGCCACCACCACCACCAGCCAUGCCUUAUCCUUGGGACCAUCAUCACUUGCGACACCACGAAGAAGUCGCGAAAGCGGCGCUCGUCUGGUCUCCGGCGCCGGAAGCAGCUCACGCGCAUGUCUCCAAGCCCAGUCCGAGCAGCGCUGCUGGAACUCCGCCCACACCGGCACAGACUCCCGUUGGCGUCGGCGGAGGAUCUACCGGUGGACAACAACAGCAGCAGCAGCAGCAUCAGCAGCAGCACAACAACAAUAACAAUCACCAACAUCCUGUUGCACCUCAUCAUCAUCAUCAUCAUCAUCAUCAGACUCACAGCCACCACGUUGCUCAUCAUCACGGUCCGUCCGCGUCUUCCAUCAACAACAACAACAAUCCUCCAACGUCUUCGCAGCCUCAGGCUGGUUUAAUGCAUUGGAUGUCCGUCAUGGCGGAGCACAUGACCAACCCGCACCAUCACGAUGUCCACUACAUGUGGAACGGCGUCGAGAGUAAAAUGAGCUCGUCCGACCAGAGUAGCAGUACCGGUUCCAUGCAUCAAAAAGGUGGAACUCUGGAUCAGGACGGACGAAUGGAAGGUGGAGUCUCACUUUCACACGGUCCUCCUGUUGUCGUUGGACAACUUGGCUCGGCAUCUGCCGCUAAUUUGUACGGCGUCGGAGGUCCUCGAUCGACCACGUCGGCCUCAACGAGCAGCUCGUCAUCGCAAUCGCCUCCCAUCGCGCCCAUCGUUUCUUCCGGUUCGACGGCCGGAGGCAAAAUGUCAGGAUCGACGUCCAACGGUGGAAGGAAGUACCAGUGCAAGAUGUGCCCACAGAUUUUCAUGGCCAAGUCGGCGAUGCAGAUGCACGCCCGGGACGCCCACCGGAGCGAAACGAAGCCGCACCAGUGCCAGCAGUGUCUCAAGUCUUUCUCGUCCAACCACCAGCUGGUGCAGCACAUCCGCGUGCACACGGGCGAAAAACCUUACCGCUGCUCCUACUGCGACCGCCGUUUCAAGCAGCUCAGCCACGUCCAGCAGCACACUCGCCUCCAUACCGGUGAACGGCCGUACCGUUGCCAUGUGCCGGAAUGCGGACGAGCUUUCAUCCAGCUGUCCAACUUGCAGCAACACCUCCGCAAUCACGACGCCCAGCUGGAGCGGGCCAAGAACCGUCCGUUCCAGUGCGCCAUUUGCGGCAAGGGUUUCGCCACCGAGUCGUCUCUGCGCACCCACACGGCCAAGUCGAAAAAGAGCCCUUGCGGUUUGAAUUCUUCGUUGGAGGAAGACUCCCAAUCGCGACGACAUUCGCCACAGUGUCGAAUGCACGCGGCCCUGAUUGGCGGACCGAACACGACAUGCUGUUCCCUAUGCCACAAACUCUUUCUCGGCAACGAGGCUUUGAUGGAGCACAUGAAACACGUCCACAAGGACGUCGUCGCUGCAGCCGGAACCUCCUCCAUGACCGGUAAGAAAUGUGAAGGAUCGGCUGCGACUAGCGAAAGUUCGGCCGGCUCGUCGAUGUUGAUGCCUCAUCAGCACAGUCUGCUUCCAUCGCUGGCCCAUCACGUCCACCAGCAACAACAGUCGGUGUCGUCGCUGCUGGCGUCGCAACAGCAUCAACAACAAUCGAACGCGCAUCAGCAGCAGCAGAUCAGCAGUAGCAGCAGCUUGUCGGCGUCGCUGAGCGGCCUGGGCGUCGCGUCGGACGUCAUCAACGGCCUGGGCAGUUUGACGGGCGGGGUAGGUGGCGGCUGGGCCGUUUCGGCUCCGGCGCCCAGCGCCGUCAAGCGACGAGCACCGACGCACGCCUGUCCGGUGUGCGGCAAGCAUUACGUCAACGAGGGCAGCCUGCGCAAACAUCUGGCCGCUCAUCCGGAGACGGCCCACAUCACCUCCGCCCUGCGCAUGUGGCCCUGCUCCAUCUGUCCGGCUGUUUUUCCACACGAAACCGGCCUAUUAACUCACAUGGAACAAAUGCGCAUGGAACCGAAACAUCAAUUCGCCGCGCAGUACAUGCUGUCGAGAGCGGCCGCCGAGCGACGGUUUCGAGAGCGAGGAGAAUCACCCGGACCGGGCCCUUCGGCUGGCCCGACGAGUCACCAUUCCGAUGCCGAUUCGGGACACGGCACGGCCGGAGCCGCCGGUCUCGAAGCCGCAUCGACUGGAACGGGAGCCAGUCCGGCUGUGGCGGUAGCCGCAGCUCCUAGUCCGGCCACAGGGCCGUCUUCUGCUCACGCCAGUGUCAUGAACAACAACCGACUGACGAGCCCCAGCGGACGGACAGCCGCGGGAUCGGCCAUGAAUUUGGGCUCGUCUCAAUCGGUGGGUUUCGGCCAAGGGGCGGCCAUGUCGGUGCAACAACUCAACGACGCCAUGCAGCAGCAACAGCAACAACAACAGGGAGGAGGGGCAGCGGCUGCAGCGACAGCGAACGGCAACAAUGGCGCCGUCGACAUGGAAGACGACUCUUCCAGCGCGGCGUUGACGGCCGAAGAAGCCGCCGUGGCUCGUCGCCUCCAAGCGGCCGGAGUUGAAGCCGUUUUGAGAUUGGCGGCCGCUUCGGCAUCGGGAGCGCACAGCCACGGCAGUGGCAUCCACCAUUCGUCGGCUUCUGUCGGUUACACGGAUUCUAGGCUGGAACAGGCCAUCCGACUUCAUCAAGCGCUCGGUUUCGCCCUGCCGCAACCGCAUCCGGCGCUCCACCUCCACCAGCAGCAGAUUCAGUUCCAGCAGCAGCAACAACAGCAGCAGCAGCAGCAACAACAACAGCAGCAGCAGCAACAGCAACAUCUGAUUCACCAGCAACAGCAGCAACAACAACAACAGCAGCAGCAGCAACAACAGCAACAGCACUCACAGCACCACCUGGUUGGUCAGCACCUAUCGUCGCAGGCGGCCUACCACCAACACCAGCAGGCCAGCCAACAUCACUUGCAACAACAGCACCAACAACAGACUCCGCAUUGACACGACGUCGUACUCAAACGAGACACGUAAGAAUAGCACAAAAUCUAAUUGGAGACAAACAAAUGAGCGGAAUGUAAGAAGGCAAAUGUUUUUUGAAACGUAUUCAAAUUGUAUUGUUUUUUCCCAAAUAUUAUUGUUUAUCAUUUUAGCGUUUUUUGAUUUCGAAUUUCCUGAGUAAGGAAUGAAAAAAACAAAACAAACUCGAAAGCUAAUCGUGCACGGUUCAAUGUCCCUGUCUAAAGUGUCAAUUCUUUCUAAUGAAAAGAAGAAAAAAAAUUAUGGAAAAGAAAAAAAAAAAAAAAACGAGGAGGGUAAAAAAAAAACAAACAAACAAAAUAAGAGUUAAUAGUAAUAAUCGUCUAUUUGUUUUCGCGGUAAAACUCACGUUCGUCGCGCCUUGACUCAAAGUGUCUCUCUCAUCCCAAUGUAUUUUGUUACCUCUUUUCUUUGUAUCCCCAACCCAUUUGAUUCAAUCGUUUGUGUGUGCGUGUGUGUCUGUUUUUGCGUGAGGGGAAGCCGAUGAAAUCUGUUUUCCUUUGGAAUUGAAAGGAAGAACGUGUCUGCGACGACAUCCAGCAGCUUCGACAAUGUCCUGUUUCUUUUAAAGGGGGAAGGAUGGAUCAUUUGAUUUCUUUCUUUUAAAAAAAAAAACGAAACAGAGUUGUCUUCUUUUAAACAAAAAAAUAUGUUAUGUUUCAUUAUACUUGUACCUAUACCGGGGACUAUCUGAUGUCGUGGCUAGAUUAUUUGUGUAACUGAUAUAUUUCUGUGUUUUCUUUCAC